AUGUUAAAUAACCAAACUAGAAACCCAUAUUCCAUUUUAAAUGUAGGAACAGAUUGUGACAUAGAAACUGCAAAAAAACAAUUUAAAAAGUUAGCCUUAAUUUACCAUCCAGAUAAGUUGAAGCAUCAUUUAAAUAGAGAACGGAAAUGCAUGGAAAAAUAUACAGACAAUAGGGAUAAUACAAAAAAUUGUACCUCGGGAAGUGUCCCAAUAAAUGAACAAAACAAACAGGAGAAAGAAAAUGUAAUCGAUUUUGUAACCCUAGUAUGGGCGUAUGAACAAAUUUUGAAAGACAUUGAACAUAGCAACAAAUCCGAAAAAUAUGAAAAUGCACUGAAUAUAAAAAAGGUAGACUUGCAAUAUAUUAAUGAGGAAAAUUCUUAUAUUUAUUUUUGUCGUUGUGGAGAUUUUUUUCUUUUUUCGGAAAAUUUAUAUUGCGAAUAUUACAUUAUUUAUGAAUGCCAAAGUUGUUCAUGCUCGGUUUAUGUUAUUCCCUAA